CAUUAGCAGCCAAGUGGUGACACGCCGGCAGGGGUCCCCCACAGCUCACUCAUAUAGGAGCGCUCGCGCGCGUCCCCUCUCUCUCAGACCGCCGCCGCUGCCACUGUGGGUCUGUCCCCCACUCCUCCUCCCCUACUCUCUGUCUCUCUCUCUCUCACUAUCUGACUCCCCGUGUCUUACUCUCUCGGAGACGGUCGAGAGAAUAAAGAGGAUGCUUGAGAAGUAUUCGCUAAUUACAGCGGGACCUUGCCUAGAUUCGGGGUUUUGCACAAGGAUUUCUAAUUCUGGGAAGCGGCAACAACGUGCUUCUCUCGUGUGAGAAUUAAUUAAUCUAAUUAAUUAAUCUAGUUAAUUAAUCGCUCUCGAAAGGAUCUUCGCGGAACGCGAUUCCGCAUCGAGCGCCGGACUCCGCUUCGGCACUUCCAAACUCUGACAAACUUUGCGGAGCGAGCGACGUACGAGCGAGGAGACGCUGGGCGACCGAGGAACAGGCGAGAGGUGAGCGGGACGACGGUAACUCUACGAUGUUGAUCGCGCGCGGUCCGACGUGUCGAACCGCGAGCGACACAAAUCUCGACGAUCAGAGUCGCGAGAGAGACGCGGCCAUCUUGAAAGAAGCUUAAAGAUUGGAGGAAGUGAAGACUUUGCGACUCCCGUGUUUUUUUCGCGAGACGUGUAGUGAUCGUCUGCACGUUCUAGACAAGAGAACGCUACAUACGAGGACGUCACGCCUGCAGGACGCGCAUAAAAAGGACCUGUUUCUCACCACCAAAGGUAAAUGGAGACGGGCGGCUGGCUUCAGGGACUCCCCGACGACGACCUGGUCGCGCUGAGCGCCGACGUCGGCUCCGACUGUUCUUCCUGCAGCAUGCCCGGCAGCGGCAAUACCUCCCUGGAGGAUCCGCAGCAGGGAAGCUGGAACAGCAACGGCGGCAGUAACACAUGCAGAGCCCUGCGCUGCGACCCGAUGCCGCCGCUGCUGCCGCCGCCGCCGCCAUACAUAGACGACGCAAACUACGCGACGCUGAACCCGAUCGGUCACGUGACCGCCGCGCAGACGCCGCUGACGCACGCCAUGGCAACGAGCUUGACGCAAGAGUACGCGCUAAGCAACCACCACCACCAUCAUCAGCAGCAGCAGCAACAGCAGCAGCAGCAUCAGCAUCAGCAGAAUCAGUAUCAGCAGCAACUUCCUCUUGUGCAGAGUUCCCCUCAGGAACUCGAGGCUUCCUCUCUGCUCCCCGGGAGUUUAUACGGAGGGCAGGACCUGAUCGAGGGAUCUAUGACCAUGAGCGAGCUCGCGCCGCAUAACCAUGACAACGCUGCGAAUCAGCAGAUGUACUUCUCCCCGUGGCACGACGCCUCCGCCGUCUACCCUCCCCCGCAGGAACCCUCCGUCGCAUCCGCACACAUCACGGGAGAGCACGCCGACGCUCUGAUGACGUCAUACUACGGCGGCGACGCGAAGCAGCGAUUCCAGACGUCGCCUCCGCAGAGUCUGAGUGGGCUGAACACGAGCGACAUAGAGAACAGUACGACGAUAGCGCACUACCAACCGCGAGACGUCAUACGGAAGCGGAGAAAGACGAUGGUGCCCGUGGACAGGAAGGACGACGGCUACUGGGAGAAGAGGAGGAAGAAUAACGAAUCGGCAAAGAAAUCCAGAGAGUACAAGAAGGACAGAGAGAAGAAGUUUUUCCGGCGCGCCUGUGAGUUGGAACAAGAGAAUCAGAUGCUCAGGGAGCGGAUAGCAGAACUGGAGACGAAGAUGAUAUCUGCUGCCAAAGAUUGUGCAUAUGCAAACAUGUGAGGUGUAUUCUAAAGGCCUUGUGUAUUUCAUCGCCCUAUGUAGUCAAAUGUCAAGGCGUUAUUAUAUUAUAUCAAGAGCUAAUAAAUACCUAUUAUUAUUACUAUUAUAGGUAUUUAUUAGCUCUUGAUUAUAUAUAUUGCCUUAAUUAAAUAUAACAUUGUCGCGCCAUCUAUCGAGAGAAAUAAUCUAUAAGCGCAUAAUUUUUAUUAUUAUAUGCAUAUUAGAUUAGGUUCUUACCAAAGAAAUACACUUCAUAGAAUAUCGAGUAUUAUAUUUCUAUGGUUCUUACUAGGAAAUGUUGAAAUGCGUUGGAAAGCCAAACUAUAUAUUUAUAGUAAAGUAUUCUUGUGGUAUGUGUAGUCAUACGUGUAUGUCAUUUAGUGAAUAUCGUAAUUAGAAUCGUGUCACUGUUUAAACAUUAUAGUAGGUGUAAAGAAUGUUUGUCGUAAAUUAAUGUACUUUUUUUGUAUCUGGUAAUAGCGACUUCUUGUAAUAAAGAUAAGCAUUUCAGCACGGACAAGCUAUGUGUAUAUAGCUGUGUUAGACUGUCCUUUAUACGUGGUUUUCAUAUCACAUGUAUUUAUAUAUCAUUACAUAAAACUAAGCAGCCAUAAUAAUAUAAUAUAUAAGGUACCAUAAUUGUAAUUGUAUUAUAGACGUUUGAUAAAAUAUUAUUUGAUAUUUGAUGUUGAGAUUUGAUAUUAUUCUGAGCAAAAUGAUCGCGAGUUAGAUACACAUGGAAAUCACGAGCAUAGAAAUCGUAACUGCGAAUCGUAUACAUUUUAACCACGAUUGUUGUAGAUGCCCUUCAGACUUUUUAACUUGGUCUUACUUUUGUAUUUAGUAGAACUAAGCCGAAUUCGUCGUACUUGUAAUCAGAUUUUUUCCAUAACAUAACUAGUGGCGUACUCGGCGGAUGUCUGUGGGUUGUUUUAGAUGGACCAAGAUCAAUUCUCGGCGCGCGUAGUUCUAAUGCAGCCGUAGCUUGUGAAAGUAGUGCGGUACACACACGUACACGCACGCACACGCACACACGCACGCACACACACACACACACACACACACACACACACAC